AUUCACAGCAUUAGCUAGAACAUUUAACACAACAUGAAAGUCCUGAUCCUAUUGACUGCUCUGACAGGAAUCGUUGUAGCUGUGGACUACUGUGCCCUGCCCACCUGUCUGGACAAGCACGUUGCCUGCAACAACAAGGGAACCUUCAGUGAAGAGUGUCCCAAGGAUGUGCGUGAGGUAAAGAUCGAAAUGCACCAGAAACUGAUUCUAUCCCUGCUCAAUGAGCUGCGCAACAAAGUCGCUGGCGGCGCCAUUGAGGGUCUGCCCAAGGCGGCGCGCAUGGCCAAGAUGUCAUGGUGCGAGGAGCUCACCCACCUGGCCAAGUUCAAUGUGAAGACCUGCCAAUCGUUGCCGGACAAGUGUCGCAGCACAGAACGCUUCGCCUAUGCCGGCCAGAACAAUGCCAUUUUCAGCUACAGCGGUGCCGAGUCCGAGUACACCGAUGCAGAGAUCAUCAAGGAGCAAAUCGAGAAUUGGUUCAGCGAACGCUCGAACGCCUCUCCCGAUAUGCUCGCCAGCUUCCCCGAGGAGUUGCCCAACAAGAAUGUGGCUAAAUUCAUUAUUGCCAUCUCCGAGAAGAACACACAUUUGGGCUGUGCCGCUGUCCGUUUCUCCCGCGAUUACUACAACCACUUUGUGCUCACCUGCAACUUUGCCACCACAAACGUUAUCGGUCAGCCUGUCUACACUCCCGGCGAGAAGUCUGCCUCCGGCUGCAAGAAUCGCUAUGGCGCCGCCUUCGACUAUCCUAAUCUGUGCUAUGCCAAGGAAAUCUACGACAACGACAAAAUCGUCUCCGAGAUCAGACUGUUCUAAACUGUUCCUCAGGCCAACUGACCUUAGACAGACUAAUACAUCUAAACAGAAAUGAAAAUAAAUCGCUGACGAUUUGAAUAAGA